UCGGUUGCCCUGCUGUAACCAUGCCAAUGCCCUCUAGGAAAAACUGGAAGAAGAAUCAUGAAGACACUGCUGAAAAGCUGGAUACACCCCCGCCAACUCCAAUGGAGGAGAGAGAGGAGGAAGAGGGAGGCAUCAUGGGACAAGAGCAAAAAGAUGAGGACAAGAAUGAUGAACAACCCGCCAGCAUGACUACCCAGAAUUCCAUGACAGAAAAACAGGAGAACUGUUUGAAGGUUUGCCCAGUGAUGGAGGAGAAGGGGAAGGAGAAGGGAAUGAAGGAGGGAGAGAUGAAGAAAGAAAUGGAGCUGGAAAUAGAGUUUGAUGGGGAGCUCUGCCAGUCAUUGCCUGGCCAGCAGAUUAGCUUCAUCCGAGGCACUGACCUGUUUGGAUACGUGGGCAUUGAGGCAGUACUGGACCAGAUGAGGCGCAAGACUAUGAAGGCUGGUUUCGAGUUCAACAUCAUGGUAGUUGGUCAGAGUGGUUUGGGGAAGUCCACACUUGUCAACACUCUAUUCAAGUCCAAAGUCAGCCGAAAGUCCUGCAUGCCCAACUACACAGAGGAGAUCUCCAAAACAGUCAAACUGCAUUCAGUCAGCCAUGUGAUUGAGGAGAAGGGAGUGAAAAUGAAGCUGACAGUGAUCGACACUCCAGGAUUUGGGGACCAGAUUAAUAAUGAGAACUGCUGGGAGCCCAUAGUGAGGUACGUCAAUGAGCAGUAUGAGAAAUACCUAAGAGAGGAGCUGCAUGUGAACCGCAAGACAAGAAUACCUGACACCAGAGUCCACUGCUGCAUCUACUUCCUCCCUGCCACCGGACACAGGUUACGCCCCAUUGAUGUUGAGUUCAUGAAAAGGUUGGGGAAGAUAGUGAGCAUCGUACCCGUCAUUGCCAAAGCUGACACGCUCACAAUUGAGGAAAGACAGGAGUUCAAAGAGAGGAUCAGGCAAGAUUUGGUAGGCAAUGGGAUUCAGGUUUACCCCCAAAAUGAGUACGAUGAAGAUCUAGAAGAGCACAUCAUCAACGACAGGAUCAGGGAAAGCAUUCCCUUUGCUGUGGUGGGAACCGACAAGGAGCACCAGGUGAAUGGAAACACAGUGCUGGGACGUAAAACAAAGUGGGGUAUCAUUGAAGUUGAGAAUGUUGCACACUGCGAGUUUGCCAACCUGAGAGAUCUACUGAUCAGGUCUCAUCUGCAGGACCUGAAAGAGGUGACGCACAACAUCCACUAUGAGACCUAUCGUGUACGACGGCUCAACGAGAGCAAGAUGAACUUCAGCGAAAUGGGACUGUCCACCAGGCCACUGGAGAAUGGAACUGCGGACAAAUGUGAAUCAGAGAGUCACCUUUAAUCUCUCUGUAGUCUCUGCUGAUGCUCCACCACAUAAAAAAAUUUCAAAUAUGUUUUUCCUUUUUUCAUCAUGGGACCAACUUGUUUAUUGUUUUUAAAUGAGAAAUUCUAUUACACAAGACAUCAAAUAUGAUUAUAUUUUUCAAUGUCCGCUUAUAUGUAUUUCAUGGAAGGAUGGAGACAAGGCAAGGGAGAGCAGGCAGAAGAAGAUGGCAAAAUAAGAGGUAAUAUAGAUCUAAAUCUGCCAGCUGUAUUAAAUUUGAACAGACCUUAUCACUUAAUGUCAGCAUUGGUCCAAUGCUGCAGCCAUGUUUUAGUAUCUGCUGGAAGGUCUGGAAGUAGAUGAGGGGAGGUUGUUACAGUACGAGAUUAAGGCUCAUGUUCAACUAUCAUAUGGGCAGAAUGUUUUGGUGUCACACUCCCACUUUGUACAGAUGUUCACACACACUUACUAAUGCAGUGUAUCAUUCUGUCCUGGUUUCUUUUGAAUAUGACCUGAAGGAGAAACCAAUCAAGUUGUUGCUUCAGGACAGGUUGAAUUAUUUUGACGAUUAAUGUAACAAUAAAUACCAAGCAACAUACAAAUAGUUAAAGCAUGCAGAACAGGUCAAAUAACCCCCCUCAAUAAAACUGUCAAUUUAAGAAUAUGAAGCUGUUCAUUUGCCAAUGCUGCCCUCUUCCUUUUGAGUUAACAUAUUACCUAAAGUACUCUUGAAUUGACGUACUCAAAACUCGUGAGAAUCAAGUCAACCCAUGUGCUGUGGAGAAGUGGAUGAUGUGCCCCCGGUUUAAGUUGCUUUUAUAACAAGAUAGCUGCCUUUUAUAACUGAGCUGCAUUAAUUAUAUAUGUGACUGUAGAAAAUAUAGUCAAAAUGAUUAGAUUUUGGAGGACAUGUCGUGAUUCAUCAUUUUGAGUUUCGACAUUUGCUAGCUUCUUUUUCCAGUCAGGUCUCUAUGUCUACACUUACAUGGAUAAAACUGAAUAUUCUGUUUAUGUUUUUAAUAUUUGAGAACCACACUUGAGUCUCAGAUACUUUAACACAUGUAUUCCCUAUUAAAGUGCCAAAGCAACUGCUUGAUUGAA